CGAAGGGUUGGCGGUGAUUGGGCGGUGUAAAGUACAUUCUUACGUGGACGCAAUACAAGAAGCAAGGGAACAGGAAUGUGAUUCUUUUUACACAGAAAUAGAAAGAACAGCUUCUUGCAAUUAAUUCGCGAAAAGCAAAAGCUAUCGUAAUGAUGUGAAUACGUGUGUCGUUCGCGAGAAUUUUGUCAUGGUGUAUUACACAGAAAAAUUACUGAUUUAAGAAAAUGUCGUUGCUGCCGACGACCGUACAUUUAGCUGAAAGAAAUUUACUGACAGACAGGUGAAAAUGGAAGAUGAUGCGGACCUCAGAGAGCAAUUGUUUCACAACACCGUACGAGAGAACAUCAUAUUUCUCCUGCUGUUUUUGGUCCUCUACACCUCGAGCUAUGCAUUGAUCGCCAAAUUUCGCCGGAAAGAUCGCGAGGAUUACUUUUCCGUGGACGAAGAUGAGGCGACAGUUUACAGAAUCAGUCUCUGGCUAUGUACUGUCGCUUUGGCGGUUUCUGUUGGGGCAACGUUAUUGCUUCCGGUCUCUAUCGCUAGCAACGAAGUACUCAUUUUAUACCCGAACAGCUAUUACGUUAAGUGGCUUAAUAGCUCGCUCAUUCAAGGUCUAUGGAAUCAUGUGUUCCUCUUCUCGAAUUUAUCUCUCUUCGUGUUUCUACCAUUCGCCUAUUUGUUUACGGAGUCGGAAGGAUUCGUCGGAUAUAGAAAGGGUGUAAUGGCUAGAGUUUAUGAAACUGUGACGGUCCUUUGUUUACUCGGAACACUUGUAUUAGGAAUGACAUAUGUUUUAUCGGCGCUCAUAGAUUAUCAAAAGUCCAGCCUUCACACGUUGCUCAAUUUAUGGACAUACUAUUUACCUUUCCUUUACUCUUGCGUUUCAUUUCUUGGAGUUGUUAUGUUAUUAUUAUGUACUCCCAUGGGAUUUGUACGAUUAUUUGGGGUGGUUGGCUCGUUUCUUGUGAAGCCACAGUUCCUAAAAAAUUUAGACGAAGAAUUUUUCGCAUACAGGCUGGAGGAGGAUUGUAUUCAAAGAAGACUGGAGCACGCGAAAGCUACGGGAAAAUCCUACGUUUCGCCAGUGCCCAUGUCGAUACCAGCUUGCUACUCGACGCUCGAAGACGAUGAACUUCUUAACGUAAAUCCGAGCCUGAUGUGCCUGAGGAACGGUGCUCUGCAGCGUGGAUUGACUCAGCGAUUAGAAGACAUCCAAAAACGAAGAAACAUCUUGGACCAGCAAAGACGAACCUGGUGGGUUCGGCGCACAUUGCUGUAUCCAUUGGCCAUGCUAGCGUUACUUAUGCUUUCCACUGCCACGGCCCUGCUAGCAGUUCAAAACACGUUAGAGCUUCUUGUCGGUAUCAAGGCGCUGCCUUUGAGCACCAGGCAAUUCACGCUGGGCAUCAGCUCGUUGUCGAAGCUCGGCCCCAUCGGAGCAACUGUCGAGGUGGCAGUUAUUUUGUAUCUAGCAGCGACAAGCGCGAUAGGCCUGUACACCCUUCCGGGUGUUAGGCGCGUUCAGCCACGGUUUCAUUCCACACCGCUCACACACGUUAUUGCAAAUUGUGCUCUACUUCUUGUACUGAGCUCCGCAUUGCCACUGUUGUCACGGAUAUUGGGCAUGACGAACUUUGAUUUGCUCGGUGAUUUUGGGCGCAUCGAGUGGCUUGGUAACUUCAAACUAGUAUUGUUGUAUAAUUUGAUCUUCGCUACCGCAGCGAUCGGCUGCUUAAUGACCAAAUUCACGUCAACGGUCUGCAAAGAAAUUUACGCAAGAUUAAGGAGUAGCCUGGUAGGGAUAUUUAAAAGCGAAGGUAAGAAAGGCUCGGUAGGAACGUUUUCUACGAAAGAUGAUUAGACUGACUUACACUGUAAACGGAAAAAAAGAAUAUUUACAAAUUUAGAAUUAAAAGUAAAUAAAGACAGAAAAUUUUAUUUGCAUAAUGUCUAGUGAUCGGAAUGGAAAUUGCGCGACGUAACGGUAUGCAUGUUUGCGAGGGCGGUUUGGAUGCUUUUAUUUAAAAAAGGUAACGGGAUGAGUUCGAGUGUUCGAGAAGUUUGAUUGAACUUUGUGAGAUGUUUGACGAGAGGCCAGUUACGAAUAUCCCAUACGACACUUAUGUUGUCACACAUUUAUGCGUGUGCGUGUGCGUGUUAAUAAUUAUAUUGAUUAUUUAUUAUAUGAUCGCUAUUUUAAUAAUUAUUUACCGAAAGUAUACAUACCAAUCUUAUGUGAGUUGACAUAUAAUUAACUCGCAUCAAUGGCAACGCAGUAUUGUGAUAAAGAUACGUGUGCAAGUCUCGAGUGAAUACGUGAAUUUUUAUUGUAGUGGUUAGUACAUCCAUGGAUACACAUGUGUGUGUGUGUGUGUGCGCGCGCGCGCGCGCGCGUGUGCACGAGUGUGUGUUGUACAUUAUGUAUGUAUACACAUAUUAUAUGUACUUUCUUACUGUUGAUAUACAGAAACUCGCAAUGUGCAUUUUAAACUAAAAGAUCCAAAGGAGGUUCAAAAAAAAACCACAUCUAUGUAAAAAAACGUUUUGAAAAUAUUCUCGAGUGUUUUUUUUUUUUGUUAAAAAUGUAUGUCCUUCGAAUGUGCAUGUAUUUUAAAGAACACGUGGACAUUGGUUGCGUUGAUUUAUUAAUUUUUAACAGGUAAACUGAUUUAUGGGUACAUAAAUAUAGGUGUAACUUUUGGCGUGCCUAAUUAACGAUUUGUAAUCGGAUAAAGUUAUUCACAGCUUUAUUGGUACUAUACAUACCUCCAUAGUGAAAUUCACAAAUAUGGUCACACACGUACACUGUGUUCUGUUUGGUAGUCACGUUUCAACGGUGGUGUUUAAAUGCAUUUUAUCGAUUAUAUUUUAUUAAGUGACACCCGUGACCGUAUCUCGCAAGUGUUCGUUAUAAAUAUUCGGUGUACAUGUACUUAUGAUAUAGGGAAAUUAAUAAUGCGCAUUUUAUGAUGCAUGUAGACUACGGUAUCAAUAACAUGCAAGAAGAUCUUCAAACGUUAUUGUCUCGACUGACUUGUCUCUUAUUAGUUCAUUACUGAAAGCUAGCGUUUUAUUAUUUAUUUACUUUAAACACUUGUCUCGACGCCCCUUUGAUUGUGUUUCAUAUUUAUAUCGAUAGCAUUCAUAAACAUUUACUUAGUCAGUAAAAUGAUAAUAUAUUGAAACAAUAUUAUGUGAUAUAUAUCUCGUCAAGAAGACAAUACAAUGUUGUUAGGAUUUGCACUGGCAAUGUACUCACCAAUGAAUUAUUAACACAAUUUAAUUAGAGAGAUAUCUCAGGAUAGAAACUAUUGCUUAACAUUUGUUAUUAUAAUGCCACCUUGUGGAACUAUUUGUAAUAAAUUAGAAUUCUCGUUUGAGAAUUCUCUGUACACACCGAUGAUUAAAUAAAAGAUGUUA